AGCAUGACAUAAGCUGGGAUUUGGUGUGUAUAUAAAGUCAGAGCUGAAUGCAGAGCUACUACUGCUCCCUCACAGAAUGGGUCAAGCUGGUACAUUACCUUGUAGGAAAGGGGAGUCUUAUGUGACAGAGCUGUAUGAAUGGUUCAGGAAGUUUAUUGUUGAAUGUCCAAGUGGUCUGAUCACUCUUCAUGAGUUUCAGAGGCAUUUCUGCAAUGGUACUGUUGGCAAUGAGUCAGCUGAGUAUGCAGAACAGUUAUUUCGCACUUUGGACAGCAACGGGGAUGGAGUGGUGGAUUUUAGAGAGUAUGUCAUGGCCAUCAGCAUGCUCAUCGAUGGCUCAGCGGUGGAAAAGCUGCAGUGGUCAUUUAAGCUCUACGACAAAGACGGGGAUGGUGCCAUCACAAGAGAAGAAAUGCUUGAUAUCAUGAAGGCUGUUUACAAGAUGAGUGUGGCAGCUGCAUUAACUGAACCCAACCCACUGACAGCUGAAGAAUGUACCAACAGGAUAUUUAUGCGAUUAGAUAAGGACAAUAAUGCCAUCAUCAGUCUGGACGAGUUCAUAGAGGGAGCGCUGGAUGAUGAUUGGAUCAGGGAGAUGCUGGAAUGUGACCCCAGCACUGUAAAGGUCGAGCGGCCCCUGAGGAGGGACACUGAUUUGGGUACCCAUGGUUGA